AUGUUGAAGCCAAUUCUCGACAUAACGAACGUAAAUGUGGCAUUAAGUGUUUUCGGCAUCUUUAUACUUUCAUAUGGUUAUAUUUCAGACUGGUUACAGCAAGUAUGGUAUCUUGGCGAAGCCUUACCGGCCUUCCUGCUAGGAAUAAUAAUCGGCCCUGUCGCCGCAAAUCUGGUUAAUGUAGGUGAUUGGAAUCAUGAUGGGGUAUAUCAUGAUAUUCACGAACUUGCAUAUAACCUAACACGCAUCGUCAUCGCAAUCCAACUAGUGAAAGUCGGCUAUGAAUUGCCAAAACAGUACCAAAAACAACGUGCAGUUGAAAUGACCAUUUGUCUCUUACCGGUUAUGACUAUCAUGUGGCUCUGCACAACAGGGUGUAUCAUGUUGGUUGUACCCAAGAUCUCAUGGGUAUCAGCAUUCAUAAUCGGCUCAUGCAUAACAUGCACAGACCCUUUACUAUCUCAAGCCAUCGCCAAAGGUCCCUUUGCCGAAAACUACGUCCGACGACACCUGCGCGAAUUCAUCUCUUCGGAAGCCGGUGGGAACGACGGACUUGGGUUCCCCUUUCUCUUAUUUGCGGUCGCACUUUUACGAUACGACGGUACAAGAGCAAAUGCUAUUUCCUUGAGUGAGAUGGAUCAUGCAGAGGGAAUACCGGAUCAACUUGGGGCGGAGGAACAGGGGAAGUAUGGAGGUGGUCUGGAUACGGCUUUGAAGCAUUGGGCGAUUGAGGGGGUACUGUUUAUGGUGAUGUUGGGGUUUUCGUAUGGUGCUAUUGUUGGAACGUUGUGUAGAGCUAUUCUGAAUUGGACUGUGAAGAGGAAAUGGGUCGACAACGAGAGUUAUCUGCUUGUACCUCUCGCCAUGGGAAUAUUCAUUGUCGGUACUUGCGGCUGUUUCGGCGCAGACGAAACCCUCGCCUGCUUCGCAGCAGGCAAUGCCCUAAACUGGGACGGCCACUUCCUAACCGAAAUCCAUCUCCGUCACGACUCAUUCAACAACAUUCUCGAACGGUUUCUAAAUUUCGCUGCCUUCAUCUUUAUCGGUCUUAUAAUGCCAUGGGACUCUUUGACAAAUGUCUCUAAAAUUGCUGAACAUGGCCUUACCGCGGGACGACUGUUUGCCUUGGGGUUUUUGGUUUUAGCGUUUAGACGUAUUCCGGCGAUUUUGAUUUCAUAUCGAUUUAUGUCGAAGGUUUGUCGGGAUUGGAAGGAAGCAUUGUUCAUGGGGUAUUUUGGGCCAAUUGGAAUCGGUGCCAUAUCAUCUGUUGAAUAUGCGAGACAACUCUUCCCUGACCCAGGAGAAAGUGAUGAUGAGAUCAAUAACUUGACCAGUGCAAUGAUCCCAGUGGUAUACUGGCUCGUGUUCUUCUCAAUUAUCGUCCACGGCCUCUCUGUCCCCAUACUCCACCUAAUCUACAAACUCCGCAACGUCCCAAAAGUACAAGACGAUCAUCCCAUUGAGAUUGUACUUUUGUCCAAUAAUGAACCGUUACCGACGAAUAGCACGGUGAAUCCACAACGGCAUUCGGCAAUUUUGAACAAUCGGUUUUCGAGACAGGAUGAAGAUGAGAGUGAAGAAGAAACCCCAGCUACUGCAGAGUGUACCGGUAGUAGUGGUGGUGCUACUACUAUUGAGGGUAUCAGACGUGCAUUGUCGAUGCAUAAUCCUUUACAGCAUUACCAUAAUCAUUCAAUGAACGACUCGCAUCAUCACCAUAACAUCUUCCAAAGAGCGAGGUCAUCUUACGACCAUCACAUCCAUCACAACCACAAUCAUAAUAAUAGGCACGACCGCAUUUCACUACAUGGCUCAGAUGUGAUUGAAAUCCUACAACAACAGCAACACGAUAAUAAACAAAGUCCAGGGAUAAAACCACAGUCGCUAUCCGAUAGUAGUCGGGCAUCUCUUGAUAUGAGACCAUCAUCAUCACGGCGAGAGGUGCCUCGUGAUAUGAUUUGA